AUGUCGCGGAGCUCGCAGGGCGGGCGGACCGGCCGGUCCCCGCUGCCCCGCGGGGCCAGCCCCGCGUCCGCCGCCGCCGCCCCGCUGCCGCCGCCCCCGCUGCCCCUGCAGCCGCCCUUCGGCCCCGCCGGGGGCAGCCCCGGCCCCAGCGGGCCGGCCGAGCUCAAGCCGGUCCGGCGGUUCAUUCCGGACUCGUGGAAGAACUUCUUCAAAGGGAGACGCCACCCCGGCUCCAGCUGGGACAGCACGGCCUCCGACAUCAGGUACAUCUCGGACGGGGUCGAGUGCUCGCCGCCGGCCACUCCCGCCCCUCCGCAGCCGGGGGCGAAAGGGGUGCCCGGCUCCUACAGGGACCAUUACGGGGGAUCGGGCGGGAGCUACAACUCUCGGAAGGAGGCCGAGGCCAUGCUGCCCUCCGAUGACCCCUUGGGCUCGCUGGAGCGCCGCGCCGGCACCGGGCAGACGUACAGCGAGCGGGUGGAGGAGUACCACCAGCGGUACGCCUACAUGAAGUCCUGGGCAGGGCUGCUCAGGAUCCUCGGCGUGGCCGAGCUGCUGCUGGGCGCCGCCGUCUUCGCCUGUGUUACCGCCUACGUGCACAAGGACAACGAGUGGUACAACAUGUUCGGGUACUCGCAGCCCUACGGAUACGGGGCGGGCAGCGCCUACAGCGGAUACUCCUACAGCGGACCCAAAACGCCUUUCGUUCUGGUGGUGGCGGGAAUGGCGUGGAUUGUCACGAUAGUGCUGCUGGUGCUGGGCAUGUCCAUGUACUACCGGACUAUCCUCCUUGAUUCCAACUGGUGGCCUCUGACCGAGUUCGGGAUCAAUGUGGCCUUGUUCUUUCUCUACAUGUCGGCUGCCAUAGUGUACGUAAACGACACCAACCGAGGUGGGCUCUGCUAUUACCAGUUGUUUAAGACGCCGAUAAACGCAUCUUUCUGCCGUGUGGAAGGAGGUCAGACUGCAGCAAUCAUCUUCCUGUUUGUCACGGUGAUCAUCUAUCUAAUUAGCGCAGUGGUUUCUCUAAAGUUAUGGAGGCACGAAGCGGCUAGGAGGCACAGGGAAUUAAUGGAACAGGAGAUGAAAACACAGUCCUCUUUUCCAGAAAAGAAGUAUGAAGAUGAUGACAGCCCAAGAGAAGAAGUCGGUUACAGGCAGCUCAAGUCAGUGGAAAGAAAACCAGAACUCCUUAAUGGUCAUAUACCUGCAGGCCACAUUCCUAAACCUAUAGUGAUGCCAGACUACUUAGCGAAAUACCCAGUAAUUCAAACAAAUGAAAUGAGAGAUCGGUACAAAGCAGUGUUCAAUGAUCAGUUUGCUGAGUAUAAAGAACUGUCUGUGGAAGUUCACGCUGUAUUAAAAAAGUUUGAUGAGCUGGAUGCGUUGCUGAAACAGCUCCCCCACCAUCCUGAAAGCAUAUAUGAACAGGAAAGGAUAUCAAAAGUUCUGCAGGAAUACAAGAAGAAAAAAAAUGAUCCUGCAUUUCUGGAGAAAAAGGAGCGUUGUGAAUAUCUAAAGAAUAAGCUUUCUCACAUAAAACAACGAAUUCAGGACUAUGAUAAAGUUAUGAACUGGAAUGUAGAAACUUAGCUAUGCCUUCAUGGAUACUAUUUUCUGUUUUUAAAAUUGUUAUCCAUAUUUUAACCUAUUUAUUUACUCCCACAACAGUACACCUACGGGGAUUAGUUAAUCAUUCUGUCACUUACUUAGAUGUUGUACAUUACUGGUAGGUUUUGUAUGAAGAUCCAAUUUUAAAUCAAUGUAAUUGAAGUUAUCAGAUAACUUAAGAAAACCUCUGCUAACAUUUCUGCUUUCAUUAGUGGAAAUCCUGGCCUCUUAAUAUGGAUGCUUUAUUUGAAAAUACUGUAUUUGCAAACUUGCCAAGUACACCAGAGAAAGCAGUUCUAAAUACCGUGUGGAAAUUUUGCAUAGAAAUGCUGUUAACAAUUUCAGAUUCUAUUUAGAAGUGACAUUUAAUGAUAUCAGGAAGACUUGAGCUAUUCUUUCUGUCUGGAUUUUGAUGGAGUGUUUAAUCAUACUGAAUAAUUCUGGCCAUUCAGAAGCUAGUUUAAUAAGAAUUUUUGUAUUGUAUUUCCAAAUGCUGUGCUGUGUGCCAGAAAUUGUGUUGAAUUUCACCCAAGAGAUGAAAAAUAAUUUCCUAUUUAAGCAACGGGGGGAGGGGUACUUGGGUUUGUUUUUUUUUAUUCCCCUCUUUAGAGAUAAUGCCACAAAUUUAUACAUGGCCUUAAAGGAAUAGAGGUACAGGAUGAGAGUCACAUUAAUGUUCCAUUAGUGUUGCUGUAGGUCAUUAUGCUCUGCGUGCCUUUUCUGGGUCAUGCAAGGAUGAGUACAGGUGUUUAAAGGCAAAACACUUUAUUCUUCAUUAGCAAGUAACAGGACAUCCUGUCUAGGCAGCAGAUGUCCGUGAACUUGGCAUUCAGAGAGUUACGCCAAAUUAAUUAAUUCAAAGAAUAAACUGUUAGUAUCAUUUUUAAGGCCAGAUAAAAUGUAUUAACAAACAUUCUUUGCAGAGCAUAUUGGCAUAAAUUCAAUAUAUAUUUUUAUAUUUUCUUGGGGAUAUUAUCAUGGGGAUAGGUUUGUAUGUGCAGAUGUUUUCAUAAGCCAGUAAACUUUGUAUCCUUUUUCACAUCUUUGUUAAUUAUUUUUAUGUACUAAAAUUGUUAGAAGCAUUGGUAGUUUCUUUGUACAGUUUUUUACAACCUGAAUUUGUCUGUUCUGAAAUAUAUUUUAAUAUAAAAAAACCAUCCA